AUGGUCACGUCGAGCUCGCAGCUGUUCGGCCAGAGCCCGACGACCGACCCGCGUUCAUGGCACGAUCGCAGCAACCACAGCAAAGGCCAAGAGCCCCUCCUGUCGAGGCACGUAUUAUCGAAGACGUUCCCGGGCGCUUCGCGGUUCGAUUCCGACCGCGGCGACGCGGCUCCGUCUGCCUUCGCCAAGCCCGCCGCGCCGUUGCCGGUGGGACAGAAUCAUCACCCCCUGAGCGACGCCCCACCGUCGGGAUCAAUUGCCGGCGCAUCCACGGAGACCGCCGCAUUUCACGGCGGCCAAUGCGGCGGGACUGAAGGAGGCGACGGCGGGGGGAGCGGUGGUCCGAACAACACUUCAAUGCGGGGAGCGUCGAAGAAGCGCAAGCCCGUGGCGCACGCGGGGAGCCGGUCGGUGGUGGCGGCGGACGGGUACUUCUGGCACAAGUACGGCCAGAAGAGCGUCAUGGACCGCGCCGUCACCAGGGCAUACUUCCGGUGUGCACGGCACAGCAUGGGGUGCAUGGCGCGCAAGACCGUGGACGUCCCCAUCGCUACAGCCGCAGCCGCUACAUCGUCAGCCGCUACAGCCUCCGCUCCGUCCGUCUCAGCAGCUGCAGCGUCGCUUGCCACAGCCGAUGGGAGCAUCGCCAAGCCCAGUGACGCCGCCCCUUCCAGCGCAGCAGCACUGAAGCCGCAGGUGUCGUACCACGGGACACACAACCACAGCCAGCCGGGCCCCUGCUCUCUCAGCCUCCCCAACUGUGCUGCCGCUGCUGCCUCAGCUGCUGCGGCAGAGGGAGACAUGCAGGUGCCUGUGUCUGCUUCGCCAGGAGCUGACGGGGGCGAUGGCGCUGCUGCAGUGGUCCCUGUAAGCCGGACGGACCAUGAGAGAAGACCGGCGGUGGCAGACUCAGCAGAUGUGGCUGCUGGCAGUGGCACAGGUGCGGCCGAUGCGGCCUCUGCCGUGGCCCCGCUUGGACUAACCCACCGCCUGAGUCUCAACUCUACCGUGUCCCUCGACCGUGCGCUGCUCUCACCCGCCUCCGCUGCUGCCCACCCCGCACUCGCACUCACCCUGGCCACGCGCACCGCCGCUCACAAUCUCCCUGCACCCACACCAGCAGACGCCCAGAGGCCCAGUACUGCGGAAGCAGCGGCGGCGGCGGCAGCAGCGGCUGGUGAUUCUGGGAGCUGCACGGACGAGCCGAUGACGGAGCAGUCGAAGCAGAGCCCCGCGGGCACGAGAGGGUCCAUGGAGGUGGGGUCAGUGCGCGCCGAGGGGGGCCGUCUUGCAUGCUCGCCUACACGUGCCAGGUCACACUCGGUGGAGGCGCAACCCAGGGAGAAUGGCGACGCGUCACAGAGAGGAGGCAAUGGGGUUUAUGGAGAAGAAAGAGCCAUGGCUGGUGCCUUGCUCCUUCAUCCAUCUGCCGCUGCUGCUACAACUGCUGGGAGCCAUCCCUCUAUAUCGGCAGCUUUUGCUGCCGCUGCCAGUGCCGCGGCUUCUGGACCCGCCUUUGCGCUCCCAUCCGCAGGCCCUGGAAACCCCUGGGCCAUGGCGCCUCCUCCUGGCACCAGCAUCCCUGGUGCCAUUCCCCUUGGCGGCACCAGCAGCAACAGCUUCCAAUGCCUGCCUCUUCCUGCAUUACCCAUGCCCAUGCAGACACACCCGGCAACUUCCACCCACCUUGCUUCGAUGGCUCACGCAUGGGGCCAUCACUCCCACCCCUCCCUCCCGUCUGCUGCUGCGAUUUCUCUGUCUCCUCUUGGCCACCACAUGCCGCCUGGGCUGAACCCCAUUCCCGUCGCCAUUCCUCUCACCCCUCUCAUCGCCCACCACGCUGUCCUCGAGUUCGCCAAAUCGCCCUCCCGUCUCCCAUUCCGUCGCGCGUCACGUCGCCAUCUCGUCGCCCGUCCCGUCGCGCGUAACGUCGCCCUCUCUCCCCUCCUCUCCUCCCGUCGGCCUCUCUCACGCCCCUCCCUACCCAUCGCGCUCUCUCUCUCCGCUCCCUUCCCGUCGCCCUCUCUCUCGCCCCUCCCUUCCCGUCGCCCUCUCUCUCUCCGCGCCCUUCCCGUCGCCCUCUCGCUCGCCCCUCCCUUCCCGUCGCCUUCUCUCUCUCCGCGUCGCCCUCUCUCUCGCCCCUCCCUUCCCAUUGCGCUCUCCCUCCGCUCCCUUCCCGUCGCCCUCUCUCUCGCCCCUCCCUUCCCGUCGCCCUCUCUCUCUCCGCGCCCUUUUCGUCGCCCUCUCUCUCGCCUCUCCCUUCCCGUCGCCCUCUCUCUCUCCGCGCCCUUCCCGUCGCCCUCCCGCUCGCCCCUCCCUUCCCGUCGCCUUCUCUCUCUCCGCGUCGCCCUCUCUCUCGCCCCUCCCUUCCCGUCGCCCUCUCUCUCGCCCCUCCCUUCCCGUCGCCUUCUCUCUCUCCGCGCCCUUUUCGUCGCCCUCUCUCUCGCCUCUCCCUUCCCGUCGCCCUCUCUCUCUCCGCGCCCUUCCCGUCGCCCUCCCGCUCGCCCCUCCCUUCCCGUCGCCUUCUCUCUCUCCGCGUCGCCCUCUCUCUCGCCCCUCCCUUCCCGUCGCCCUCUCUCUCGCCCCUCUCUUCCCGUCGCCCUCUCUCUCUCCGCGCCCUUCCCGUCGCCCUCUCUCUCGCCCCUCCCUUCCCGUCGCCCUCUCUCUCUCCGCGACCUUUUCGUCGCCCUCUCUCUCUCUCCGCGCCCUUUUCGCCUCAAGUCCAAGGCAGCACAUUGA